GUGAACUGUGGCCUGCUGACAAACAAGAAUGAGCCAGCAUGAUUGAAAUGUGGAGAUGUAUACCCAGGACACACAAACCAUAAACCAUGAUCUCUCCUGCGCACUGAAGCGUCAUGGAACCAGUGCAGCAGCAAAGUGAUUGAGGGCAUUUGUUGUGAUUGGGGAUUUCCAAGGGGUAUUUCUGAUCUCUCUGAGUGCAUCAUGGCAGCAAACUGGCCCAAAACACUGAUUUUCCUUCAAAAUAUGCCCCAAACAUCACAAGUUCCCCUGAAGCACAUUGAGGUGGAUCUGCAGGUUCAAGGGCAUGUAGCAACAGUGACCUCCACCCUGCAGUAUGUAAAUGAGGAAGAGCAACCCCUGGAGGCUGUGUUUGUCUUCCCCAUGCCUUCAGGAGCUGCUGUCUGUCAAUUCAGUGCCAAGAUUGCAGACCAGGAGAUAGUGGCUGAGGUUCAGGAGAAACAGGAGGCACGAGAGCAGUAUGAUGAUGCCCUGAGUUCAGGUCAGCAGGCUUUUCUGCUGGAGGAGAGUGAGGAGUCUGUGGACGUGUUCAAGCUGAGUGUGGGCUCUCUGCCCCCAGGCCAGCGUGCCACCAUCACCUUCACCUUCAUCACUGAGCUGAGUGUGCAGGCUGACCAUUCACUGCAAUUCUGCCUGCCAGCAGUGCUCAACCCCCGCUAUACACCAGCAGGUACAGGUGGUGGUAUAGUAUCAGAGAUAACAUCAAGUUCCACUGGCAUUCCCUACUCUCUCUCUUUUACUGCACACAUAAACUCGCCAAACCCCAUCAUGAAAGUGGAGUCCAAAUGUGCUCUCGAGCCUCUGAUGUUCCUCAACACAGACCACACAAAGGCAAAGAUAAGCCUUUGUGCAGGUCAUAAGUUUGACCAGGAUGUCGAGCUGUAUCUAUAUUAUCAGAAUCCCCAUCAGCUAACUGCUAUAGUGGAAUCUGGAGCUCCCACGGCACAGCCAGGGACUCUCAUGGGAGACCCUGUGGUCAUGGUCAGUUUCUAUCCAGAGUUUCCUGAGUCAGUGAUGUCCUCUAUGUCGUCUUGUGGUGAGUUUGUGUUUCUUAUGGACAGAUCUGGCAGUAUGAGCUGCGACAUCCAUAACGGACCACGUGCACAAGGACGCAUGGAGUGUGCCAGGGACACUCUGCUCCUGCUGCUGAAGAGUCUCCCCAUGGGCUGUUACUUCAACAUCUAUGGCUUUGGCUCUCACUAUGAGUCCUUCUUCCCGAAAAGUGUCCAGUACAGUCAGGACACUAUGGAGCAAGCUGUGAAGAAAGUAAAGGAGAUGCAAGCAGACAUGGGGGGCACAGAGAUUCUGCGACCUCUGGAACACAUUUACAAACAGCCGUGCAUCCCCAACCACCCAAGACAGUUGUUCAUAUUCACAGAUGGUGAAGUAGGAAACACCAAAGAUGUUCUUCACUCUGUGAGAAGCAAUGCUGAUUUCCACAGAUGCUUCUCAUUUGGGAUUGGUGAAGGUGCAAGUUCUGCACUCAUCACAGGACUGGCUGAGAACAGCUCUGGCCACGCCCAGUUCAUCACAGGAACUGACCGCAUGCAGGCCAAAGUAAUGCAGUCUCUCCGUUAUGCUUUACAACCAGCAGUGAUUGAUAUCACUGAGGAUUGGACUGGUGUGUCUUUCACCCGUCUGAGCCCCCCGAUUAAUUCACUUUUCCAUGGUCAGAGAGCACUGAUUUAUGCCCAGUUGAAAAGAGAGGAAUGUCAGAACCCAGAUGGUAAGGGGAAAAUAUCAGUGCGAUACCAUCUUGGAGAUCAAGAGGUCUCAAACACUGUCCACUUCUCCCUGAAGCCUUCUGAGAAUAGCGGACUAGCCAUCCACAGGCUGGGCGCUCGCUCUCUGAUCCGCUCUCUGGAAAGGGACGAGCAGGAUGAUGGAGCUGAUAAAGAGGCUCUGAAGGCCAGGGUGGUGGAUCUGAGUCAGCAGUCUGGAGUGAGCAGCUCACACACAGCCUUCAUAGCUAUCAAUAAAGGCAGCGGACAAGCUGUGAAAGGACCGAUGGUGAAGAGGAGAAUUCCUAUUGCCAAGAUGGGGAGGAGCAAGAUUGCAGGUGGAUUUAAUUUAUUACCCUUGUUGUCAUCUGCACCAAGACCUACCUUGUGGGCAUCUGCAUCUGCAUCAAGACCUACCUUGUGGGCAUCUGCAUCUGCAUCAAGACCUACCUUGUGGGCAUCUGCACCAAGACCUACCUCAGCCGCUUAUCCUGUUCUACGGAGUUGCAGUCAAGGCAGCCUAUCCCAGCUGUUCAUGGGCAAGAGGCAGUUGGACCCCCCGGAGAAGUCGUCAGGUUAUCGCAGGGAUUUGCUGUCCAAACGAGAUCACAUGGGAUUACCUUUCACAGAUGAUGAAAGUUUUGGCAUGAACCUAGAUAAUGCUGUAAAGAUCAGCAGUAGAGCAAAACCCCACUUAUAUACUGAAAUCACAGAGACUCCAAAGGACCCAUUGUUGCAGCUUGUCUCCCUCCAGAAGGCUUCUGGUUGUUGGGAAAUGGAGUCUACAUUGGCCCAGGUGUUUGGGAAGACAGAAAAAGAGCUGAUCAAGCAGAUUCCUGCGCAGGUGAAGCCAGAUGUCUGGGCUACACUUCUGGCUCUGAUUUGGUUACAUGGCUUUAAGAUCGAUGCACAGGUUGAGUGGCAGUUUUUGGCCAUGAAAGCAGUGGCAUGGAUCCGCACUCAGAAAGUUUCAGUGGUCAACAAGUCAGAGUGUGUACGGGUAGGAAACGCUCUGCUGGGCUGUCAGGUUAAAGAAGACACUCUUGGGUUCUGAAAACUGUACCCUCUUACAGCAUCCCCACAAAAGCCUUGGCAUCAUUUCUCUUUUCUACAAGUUACUUUCAUUAGCAUGCUUUUAUGUACAAGAUAACGUUGUCAGUUAAAUUAAUAAUAUGACCAUAAAACACUGUAAACUUAAACAAGAAUUCAACAAGUUCAGUGAGUCACAGGUUUAAUUCAGUCAUUGUUUGCUAAGGAUUAAUGUUCAGGUGUAUAAAGGGUAUUUUGAGGUUGUUGUUGCUGUUGUUGUUUUAGUGGCUAUAUUAAUAAACUGGUCAAUAUGUUCCAACCACUAAAAUCACAGGUUUUAAUCACCUACCAAUCCCCAUGCAUCAGUCCAUGAAUUGUUUACUAACUGUGUUGUAAGAGAUGCAAUCUGUCAGAGAAUCCAGCAGAAGACUGAUUGAUCAUUUUAUCGAGCACACAAUCAGAAUAAAGGAUUUCUCUUUUCCAAUGGGGAGAUGCUUCAGCAUAGACAACAUUAAUGAUAACUCUGUGUUGCUAGUUGUUAUAGGAGCCAUAAAGUGAGGAAAUGUAGGACUUUUGUCUGAAAUGUCUUGUUUCCCUAGACACACUGUAUUUUGUUUGGCUUUUACGAUUUAACAAUUAUUUGCCGAAGGCGAAGUGAAUAUCGGCGAAUAAAAACCAAGACGAAGUCGAGGUUAUUAUUCGCUGAUAUUCACUAAGCCUGAGGCGGAUAAUUGUUUUAGUAUAAAUACAUUGAUGAUUAUUUUAAAAAUAAAUAUAUUGUAUUUUUAAAAAAUCACUUAUUUCAAAUUUCAAAAGCAGCAUGCAAAUGUAAUGCGCACAGACUUGUGUCACUUAUCUAUGCGUGCCACAUAAAAUACUUUGUUUUGAAAUUGAUGAAAUAAAUCACAAUUCCACUUUAUCUUUCAAUUGUUUUAAACCAAACUUCGUAGCAUCUUCUGUAAUUUUAGGAACAGCAUUUUCUUUCAUAAUUUGUAAUUCUUCCUCACUUACAGUGACAAAGCAACUGGCCACCAUUUUGUUGAAUCACUCGAGGUGAUUGUCGAAGUCUAAAUCUCUCAACCAAUCAGCGCACGUGAUAUCCUAUAAUCACCUCCGUAUUUAGACUAAAUACUUUUAUUAUAUCUGUCAGCUAAAUUAUUUUUGCUUUAUUUUAAUCUCACACAUGAAAGUGUUAAUUGAGACCUCAUUUAUAACUUGCUGAUGCAUCCUUUUAAUUGGUAAUCAAGCUAAUAAAACUCAUCUAUGCAA